AUUAUCAACUUGCUUUCUCACGUGCAAAGUUGUGAGAUUUGAUUAUGGGCGUAUUUUAUUUGACACAUACAAACACUAAAGUCCUCACUCUUUUUUAUUUGACACGUCACACAUACAAACACUAAAGUCCUCACUCUCUCUUAAAAAUAAAGUUAUUUUCCUCACUUCUCUCUCUAAAAAAAAAACAAACUUCGAUUUUUGAGCUGCGUCUCUCAACUUUCAGGAAGUCUUUCCUAUGGAUGCCAAAGCUGUUGUUGGGGCAAUUCUGGCCCUUUUCACCUAUUUUUCCGGGGUACCCAGUCUUGAUGAUAGAAAAAGAAAUCUAAAGAGUAAACUGGAAUAUCUGAGAGCCCAAAUAGAAGACAUAGAGAACAGUGAAAGAGCACCCUUUUCUGCUAGGGUUCAGAGAGGCAGGAAAAGAAAGAGAGAAAGAGAUCUAUGCACCUGGGUGGAUGAGGGUCGGGAGCUUUUAAAGGCAGCAGAAACCUUAUAUACACAGGUCGAAGGAUAUAGGAACCUCCUUACGAGUACAAAGAAGAGAAAGGUUGUUGACAAAGUGGUUGAUGCACUUGCAAUCCGUGAAAAGAAGGGUGAUAUUCUAUAUAUGCAUGCCUUUCCUGACAAACAAGGUCCAUAUCGUGGUAAUGACAUGCCAGUCAAGAAGAUCAUUGGAAAAACAGCGUUAAAUACUUUGGAAAAACUCCAGCAUCUAUUGGAAGAUGCUAAGAUUGGACGGGUUGCUGUUCAUGGGAGAGAGGGAAUUGGCAAGACCUUUUUCAUGAAACACCUAAAUAACUUUGCAUUAAAAUGUGUUGAGAGGUUUGAUUAUGUUUUCUGGGUUAGCUCUCCUGAACAGUUCAGCAUCAGGCACGUGCAAGAUGCUGUUGCUGCUGUUGUAAAUUGUGAUCUUCCUAGUGAUGAUGAUUUGAAUGUGAGGGCUAGCAAACUGUCAAACACACUUGCAGACCUGGGAAAUUUUUUGCUUUUCUUAGAUGGUGUGCCUGAAGCAGAUUUUUCUUUGGACCAAAUUGGAAUUCCAGUCCCUGUAGAAGGCAGUGAGUGCAAACUGAUAUUAACUACUAGCUCUACCUUGGGGUGUAGAAUCUUGGAUGGUUUUGGAACAAUUGAACUUAAUUGUCUUCCAGAAAAAGAAGCAUUAGAGUUAUUCAUUCAUGAAGCAGGUAUUGACAUGAGACGUGUUACUUUGCUCGAUAACAUUCCUAGGUCGCUUGCAAAGAGGUGUUGUGGGGUACCACGUAUGAUUGUUAACUCAGCUUCUCGCAUGUGGGACACUGAUGACAUCCGUGAAUGGAGACAUGAGUUUGAAUCAGGAAAUUUUGAGAAAUGAACUAGGAUUGUGACAAUGUACAAGAAUGAAAUGCCAGCAUUCUUUUCUUGAUUGCUCUCGAGUCUCAAGUGAGGCAGCAUCUUACUGCCUUAAGGCUGAAGUCACGAGGAGUAGGCUAGUACAUUAGGAGUCGUCAGAUCAGAUGAGUUCGUUUCGCUGCUUCCUUUAGUUCUCGAGUGGAGUAAUGAGAUAAUUAGGAGUGAAAAUGUAAUGUAAAUAAUGUUCUCAUAGAGUCAUAGGCUGCCAGGGCGAACAAAAUGACCUUUGUCAGAAGCUGGGCCUGCUGGCCAUUAUAUGUAUUGGAAAGUGUAUAUUUUGACUUUCUUGCUGCAGUGUAAAUCGUUUAUAAUUGAAGAAGCUAGUGUUAAUUUUUUUUGUUUCUCAUGGUGAAGGAGAUUCUUCUUCCUUUCUUUCUUUCUUUUUUACCCUUUUUGAGCAAGAAAGCAGAGUAGUGUACUAAAGCCAAAUUUAUUUUCAGGAUUCAACGAAA